AUGGGGAGAGACAGUCGCUCGGAGACCAAGAAGCGAGUUGGAUCACGCAACGGAACCACGGCUAUUGUCAGGAAACACGUGAUCUCACGCGCGUCGGAUCGAUCGUUGACACUCGUGGAUUCCCGAUAUCGAUACUCUACCGAUUCGAUUCCCUGCGGAGCCGUUAACGGGUUAAAACGUUGUCCGCCGCGAAAUCGACUAACUUACACGAGAGGCUGUUAUGUUCGCCGGUCGUACGAGCUGAUAGAAAGUGUUUCGAGGAAUGCCGAGGGAGUGAUACAACGGUUGUGUUCUGACCGACUGUGACAAAUGCGUGGAGCAUGACGUCAAAUGCGAUCAGGGGUAUCCGAAGAAAGAAGAGUUCGCUAUGCGAGGUAAAAGUGGCUGUGAUCGGGGCGCCAGGAGUCGGGAAAAGCGCAUUGACAGUGAGAUUUCUGACGAAGAGAUACAUCGGGGAAUAUGAUCACCAGUCAGAGAACAGAUACAAACACGAGGUGCUGGUCGACGGUGAACCUAUACUCUUUGAAAUUCUGGACACUUGCCCUAAGAGCGAAGAUGAGUUGCCAUCCACCGAAACUUUGCAAUGGGCAGACGGCUUGCUUUUAGUCUAUUCGAUAACGGACAGAGCAUCCUUUAAUUUCGUUAGAAAAGCAAAGGAAACGCUGGCGGUGGCUGAUCCCGAGGCUACGAUGCCUCUCGCUUUAGUUGGAAACAAAGCUGAUAUGGUUCAUUUGAGGCAAGUUAGCACCGAGGAAGGAGAAAUACUGGCGAAAGACUUCGAAUGCUGGUUCAGUGAAGUAUCCGCCGCGGAACAGGUUACUCAAGUUGCCGAAUCGUUUCAUGAACUGUGUCGGGAAGUUCUGGCUGCCAGAAGGAGGAACAAGCAAUCGUUGUUGGAUAGAAUGCUGGGAAGCAAAGCGACACGUGCUUAUUCGCGAGGGAAAAGCGAUUCGGCGCUUCCGAAGGAUUAAUUCGCGAGGAACAUAUUUUCUAUCCAUA